AUGUCGAGCAUCACCCGUUCCUUGAACAUCCUGGCGCGCUCCAGCCGGGCGUCCCUGCUGCGCCCCCGCGCCAUUAACCCUGUUCACCAUGUCUUCGCUGGUGACAAGAUGGCCGCUCGUGGUCUGGCCACUGCUUUCGAGCGUACCAAGCCCCAUGUUAACAUUGGUACCAUCGGUCACGUCGAUCACGGAAAGACCAGUCUGACUGCCGCCAUCACCAAGCACCAGGCCUCCAAGGGUCUCGCCAACUUCCUGGACUACAGCUCUAUUGAUAAGGCCCCCGAGGAGCGCAAGCGUGGUAUCACCAUCUCUUCUGCCCACAUUGAGUUCCAGACCGAGAGCCGUCACUAUGCCCAUGUCGACUGUCCCGGUCACGCCGAUUACAUUAAGAACAUGAUUACUGGUGCUGCCAACAUGGACGGUGCUAUUGUUGUUGUUGCUGCUUCCGAUGGUCAGAUGCCCCAGACCCGUGAGCACUUGCUGCUCGCCCGUCAGGUCGGUGUCCAGAAGCUCGUUGUUUUCGUUAACAAGGUCGAUGUUGUCGAGGACCCUGAGAUGCUUGAGCUUGUCGAGCUUGAGAUGCGUGAGCUGCUCUCUACCUACGGCUUCGAGGGUGAGGAGACCCCUAUCGUCUUCGGUUCCGCCCUUUGCGCCCUGGAGGGCCGCCGCCCUGAGAUCGGUACCGAGCGUAUCGAGGAGCUCAUGCACGUCGUUGACACUUGGAUCCCCACCCCCGAGCGUGACCUCGACAAACCUUUCCUCAUGUCCGUUGAGGAAGUCUUCUCCAUUCCCGGUCGUGGCACCGUCGUCUCUGGCCGUGUUGAGCGUGGUCUCCUGAAGAAGGAUAGCGAGGUUGAGAUUGUUGGUGGCUCUGAUGUCCCCAUCAAGACCAAGGUCACCGACAUUGAGACCUUCAAGAAGACCUGUGACGAGUCCCGCGCUGGUGACAACUCCGGUCUGCUGGUCCGUGGUAUUCGCCGUGAGGACAUCCGUCGUGGUAUGGUUAUUGCCGCUCCUGGCACCACCAAGGCCGCCAAGAAGUUCAUGGUCUCCAUGUACGUUCUGACUGAGGCUGAGGGUGGUCGCCGUACUGGUUUCGGCAACAACUACCGUCCCCAGGUCUACCUCCGUACUGCCGAUGAGCCUGGUGACCUCACCUUCCCUGAUGAGGCGGACCAGGCCCGCCGUGUUCAGCCCGGUGACAACGUCGAGAUGGUUCUCGAGACUCACCGUCCCGUCGCCGCCGAGGCCGGUCAGCGUUUCAACAUCCGUGAGGGUGGCCGUACCGUUGCCACUGGUCUGAUCACCCGUGUGAUGGAGUAA